UUUGACUUUAAAUCGCAGAAUUCCAGUGAUUUCUUCAGAAAAUGUAGCAUAAAAGUUACAAUGGAAAUACAAGUAGAUGUGUUUGUGUAUUAUCCGUCAGUGGGUGUAAAGUAAAAAUAAAUGUUCAGGUCCAUCUAUCAUACAUAAAUAUAUAUUAACGUUCAUGUACUGCGAAUUCCAAUAAUGAACAAAAACAUCAGAAACAGUCCGGCCACUGGGUGUCGCUGUAGUGUGAAUCGUGGGUAUAAACCGUGGAGCAAAUGAAGACUCCGCAUGUCACACAGUCAUCAUUUUCUUUUUUCUCUAUUUCUUUUUAAUCUCUUCUCUGUGGUUGUUGUUUCACGCACUGCAUCUCUAAACUUGAGCUGGUGUCCCCACAGUGACUGGAGUUUCCCUCCUGCUCCUAAAUGCAUCACCAGAAGGAGGAGGAGUGACUGAACGGUAACACACGCGCGUGCGGAGUCACCCUGAAAGAUGUCCGGGGCCGCCACCAAAUCUACCACUCCUCACUGCGUUAAAAUGAAAAAGGACGAAUCUUCUUUUUUGGGGAAAUUAGGAGGAACUUUGGUGAGGAAGAAGAAGUCUAAAGAAGUGAGUGAUCUUCACGAGGAGGGUAAGAAUGCCAUCAAUGCUCCCAUGCUUCCCACUGGGACUGACAUCCAUCCAGAGGACACGCUGCUGGAGGACAAUGCUGAGAGGGUCAUGCUGGACCCAACAUCGAGGGAAAAUCUGAAGUUCAAAGAUUUAUUGAAGGUCUUGAUUGACUGGAUCAACAGUGAGUUGGAAGAAGACCGGAUCAUAGUUAAAGACCUGGAGGAGGACUGCUACGAUGGACAAGUUCUCCAGAAGUUAUUUGAAAAGUUGUCUGGCAGGAAGUUGAAUGUGGCUGAGGUGACCCAGUCAGAGAUCGGCCAGAAGCAGAAGCUCCAGACAGUUUUGGAGGCCGUGAAUGAACUGCUGAGGCCUCAUGGCUGGACCAGCGAAUGGAGCGUAGACUCGAUCCAUUCAAAGAACCUGGUGGCUAUUGUUCAUCUGUUGGUGGCGCUCGCGAUGCACUUUCAGGCCCCUAUUCGACUUCCUGAGCACGUGUCUGUACAAGUGGUCGUGGUCAAGAAACGAGAGGGAAUCCUGCAGACAGCUCUAGUCUCCAAAGAGCUGACGAGCACCACAGAGAUGAUGAUGGGACGAUUUGAGAGGGACGCCUUCGACACCCUGUUGGAUCAUGCACCGGAUAAACUCAAUGUUGUAAAAACGUCACUCAUCACAUUUGUGAACAAACACCUGAACAAGCUGAACCUGGAAGUUACUGAGCUGGAAUCUCAGUUUGCUGAUGGGGUGUACCUGAUAUUACUGAUGGGGUUGCUAGAAAACUACUUUGUCCCUCUGUACAACUUCUUCCUCACCCCUGAGAGCUUUGAACAGAAGGUCCACAAUGUGGCAUUUGCCUUUGAGCUGAUGCAGGACGGAGGCCUGAAGAAACCCAAAGCCAGACCAGAAGAUGUCGUCAACCUGAACCUCAAGUCCACGCUCCGGGUUCUGUACAACCUGUUUACCAACUACAAAAACUCUGAGUGAACUUUUGCAGUUCCAGCUGCUGAUAUUACUCUGAACACUGUCUUGUGCCUCUGCUGAUAUUAUGCUUUACAGUAUGUCUGGAUACUGGAGGAGAAGAACUGGGACUGAAGUCAUAAUGUGCCAUAAUGUGCCACAAAAGAGUGUAUUUAUUCCAUCUUUAAUUACAGGAAACCCUGCAAAAUGAAACAAGGGCAAAAGUUUAAAACUGGAAUCAUUUGUCUCAACUUCAGUUGCGUAUCCUCCAGAUUAUUUAAGAAAGUUAAAAAUGCGAUUAUAUAUAUUAUAUAGUGUCUAAAAUGCUUUGUAUACAUAUUAAAAGAAUGGAUUACAUGUUGGGACAUAAUAUCAAUUUACUCUCUUUCAUCUCUUUUUGAAAGUAACAAAAACACACCACUAAAGUUUUCAAAACACUUCAAAUCUAAUUUGUUAUAUCUGCACAAUAUAACAGAACAUUACAACUGACGGAUUUGCAGUAUAAUUGCAUUUGUUAGUAGUAAUACUAGAGUUUUUGAGUCAUAGGAUUUAAAAAUGGAAAUAUUAAAACUGAGUUCAAGACAGAGGAUUUUGACUCAAUACUGAAUAUAAUGUUUCAGACUAAUGACCUCAUAGAACGUCAUUAAUGCAUUUUAAAUUAUUAAAGCAACAGCCACAUUUUAGCUUCUGCUUUAAAUGCUGUGCCUUGACUGACAUUUCAUAGCAUCUAACUGAAACUGACUGACUAAAACAAAGAUUGCCCAAGUGUGAAGUAUACUAUACACUAAUGAUUUACUUUUAGGGUUUUUUCACAUCAGGACAUUUCCCACCCAGCACCGAGAAUCUUAAUUAAUACGGGAACUAAAUCUGCAUUUUGAGAUUAAUUUGAGCUCCUUGAGGAUAGUUCCUGUUGUUUGUUUAUGAUUUUUAAAACACUUUAUUGUCAUCAUUAUGCUACCUUUUUUUCUUUUUUACACUCCACCAAACAAAAUCAGUGUAGUGCAGCAUCUACUGUAUGUGUAAUUUUUAGAAAGCAUGCUGAUGCUCUGGAAUAGUAAGUGUAACACUGCAGUGGUUUGGUUCCAUGGCUUCUUAAAAGCAGAACAACAAUAGCUCCACUCUGACUCUUUAUCUUCCAUACAAAAUAGCAAGGCUCAAUAAUGGCGCAGCAUUUUUGUAUUUAACGGACUCUAUAAAAAGGAUUAAUGAGAGCUGCAGCAGACUGAGCUAGAGAGUGAUAUUAAGGGACAGUGCAGUGAGUCAAAGCCAUGGAUUGAGUGAAUUUUUUUUUAAUAUAACAUUUUUAUCUUCUGAUAAUAUAGCUGGGGCGGUGGUGUGAUGGCUCAUAUUGUUACUUCACAGUAAGAAGGUCACUGAUUUUGGAUCCUUGUUUGACCAACCAACCGAAAUUGAUAUCUACGCCUCUACCACCUGUAGGUGUUUCGGCUGAGGGCUUUUCUGUGUGUGCAUGGGUUUUCUCCAGGUAAUCUGACUUCCUCCCACAGUCCAAAGAAAAGCAGAUGAGGGAUUUGUAUAAUGGAAAUUCUAAAUUGACCAUAGGAAUGAAUGUGGGAGUGAAUAGUUGUUUGUUGAAAAUGAUGAAUAAAUGACUGUUGCUUUCA